AUGGAUUUAGAUUCCCUGCUAGAGAACUGGGAAGCUAUUAUACAGUAUCGUCACCGUCUUGUAGAAUCUCAUCAUAGAGCGUUGUUUGAGGACAAUGAGGGGUUAGAAAACGUUUCCCUUCAUCAGUUACGCAAGAAUAUCCAGAUAUGCCUUAAUGAUCUGUGCAAGUUAAAUGCUUGGUUGAUUGAACAUGAUGGGGGCAUUAGAAAAGUACUCCACCAGUUAGAUAAAUAUGAAAACAGGCUAUUAAAUUUACAUCUAAAAAAGGACGUUUUAUUAAGGGAGAAGCAAUUAUGGAAGAGAAGAGAUCCAUCCGAUCUUCAUCAGGAGGAGACUCCGGUGGACACUUUCGGUUUAACAGCCAGUCAUCAGAGAUAUCUAAGUCGAUAUAUAGAGGACAUGGGUGUGAAUAAUACAUCUCUCAAUGAUACAAAUGAUACAAUUGCUACUCAGCUGCCUAGAACUAAGAUACUUGAUAAUUUGAAUAUACUGGAGGAGGCGCAGAAAUCGGUGGCCCAUGAGAUAAAACAGCUGGAAGUGUUACUGCAGAGCUUUAAAAAGGAUCAAGCAUUUGUUCAGAUUGAAUUGUCGAAAUUAGAGUCAUUGGUUAAAGGAGAGGAGCAUUCUAUUGAUAGUGAGCUAAAUUCAGUUUACAAGUCAAUAGAAAGCCUGCUAAAGAAAAUUGGGUUCCUCAAGGUGGCCGAACCGAAUUCAAGUGUAUUUUCUAGAUUGAAAAACAGCACUGCUACCUAUGAACUUGAAAAUUCAGAAUUGAAGGUAAAAGAAUUCAUAUCUGCUCAAAGGGAAUCUCUAAAAGAUUUGCUAAUAAAACAUAAACAAGAAACACACAUUUUGAAACAACAAAUGGAAAGUUGGAGGGAUGUAGUUAAUCUAGUGGAAACGCUGGAAGAAAAUAUUCGAAAAAGGUUUUCCACUGUUUCUAAAGUUGAUCCAGUGGAACUUGAAGGGUUAAUUCGGGAAACUAUAAAAGAAAUAGAGGGUUUGCGUUGUGAUAACUAUCAUCCUGAUGUUAUUUCUUGUAUUAAAGACGAAAUUUUUGCCCUUGGAACAGCUAAUGAACAACUAACGUCACCUAAUAACAAUAUUCCCCCAUCAAGUUUUGGUCCUAUUUAUGAUAAUCCUACUUUUCUAAUUACUGGGACGUCUCCUCCAAAGGUUAGUAUUACGAAGAAUAUUUUGCCAUCAUCGCCUAUCGUUGACACUAAGAAAUCCGUAUGA